AUGAAAGGAGAUGAAUCACGUGACAAAAAUAAAAAAAAUAAAAGACACGUUGAAGAAAAUAUUGAAAAAAAUUCAAGUGAGGGAAACAAAUUAGAAGAUGAAAUGAUAACAACAAAUUUAGAAAAAACUGAUAAAUUAGAUGAGAAAAAAGAAAAUGAAGUAGGAAAAAUAAUUCGAAAAGUCGUCAACUCAUCUGAAAACAUAUUAAAUUAUGCAGAUAACAUAGUUAAAAUGAUAGAUAAUAUAAAAAACGACGCACAAAAGACAUUAGAUAUGAAAAAUAAUGAUAAUGAUAAAGAGACGACAAUAAAUAAUGAUAAUAAUAAUGAAAAGAAAAAGGAAACGUACGAUAGCGUAUCACAAAACAUAACGGACAUAUUGAAAAAAUUUCUCAUGUCCACGGAAAAAUCAAGCGAAGAUGAUGAUAUUGAUGAUGAUGAAGAAGACGAAGAUUCGAAUUUAUUCGAAUGGACAAAAGAAAAACUUGUUGAACAUGAUAAAAAUCCGUGGGAUAGAAGUAAAAACAAAAAUGAUUUUGCUGAUGAUUACAUAAUUCCGGUACGAACAUUUAGAAAAAUUGCUGAUGUAAAUCAUUCGUUUUUAACAGUGACCUUACCCACAAUCGGAAUUUCCUUAUUUCUUCUCACGUUUUGCUUUUUCAAUUUAAGAAGUUUUCAUUUACGAAGAUGGACAAAAUCCUAUGCAGGAUAA